CCAUACCUAGUUGGGAAAAAGCCGUCAAAUCAUCGUCGUUCAUCAUUCAAGCAACAAAUUGACCAAACUUUUUGCCUUUUAAUAGCUUAAAUUACGAAUUAAAACUUUAAAAUGAGUACUAUUGGCACCGGUUAUGAUUUGUCGGCCUCGCAGUUCUCGCCAGACGGUCGAGUUUUCCAGAUCGAUUAUGCCUCGAAGGCGGUAGAGAAAAGCGGAACCGUUGUCGGGAUCCGCGGCAAGGACGCCGUAGUGCUGGCCGUGGAGAAGGUCAUCACCAGCAAGCUGUACGAGCCGGACGCCGGCGGACGCAUUUUCACCAUCGAGAAGAACAUAGGUAUGGCUGUGGCAGGCUUGGCGGCCGAUGGCAACUAUGUCGCGGACAUUGCCCGCCAGGAAGCGGCCAACUUCCGUCAGCAGUUCCAGCACGGCAUUCCGCUGAAACACCUGUGUGAGCGCGUCUCCGCCUAUGUGCACGCAUACACUUUGUACAGCGCCGUCCGUCCCUUCGGUCUCUCUAUAAUCUUUGCAUCGUGGGACGAGGUGGAAGGGCCACAGCUUUACAAGAUCGAGCCAUCUGGCUCCUUUUUCGGCUACUACGCCUGCGCCAGCGGCAAGGCAAAGCCUCAGGCCAAGACCGAGAUGGAGAAGCUCAAGACGGACAUGAAAACUGAGGAUCUCGUAAAGAGUGCCGGUGAAAUCAUUUACAAGGUCCACGACGAGUUGAAGGACAAGGACUUCCGUUUUGAAAUGGGCAUCGUGGGCAAGUGCACGGAUGGCAUACACCUGAUCAAUCCCACCGAACUGACUGAAAAGGCGCGCAGUGCCGGAGAAGCCGCUAACAAGGAGGAUGACAGCGAUAAUGAGACGCAUUAAUUCGCUUGUGGCAGGGAAUCAAAUUCUGGGCCUAAAUAUAAUGCAUUAAUUUUAUAAAUUCCCCUCAACCGCAAAAUAAAACAAAUC